ACCCUAAUUAUUGAUUGAAAAUAUAUAUAACACACAUCAGCCGCAACAAUACAAUACACACUACUUCUCUGUUCAUUUAGUUCUUUUUCUCUUCUGCGUUUGUUUUCUGCGUUUGAUCACAACAUGGGAUUCCAAGCUUCAGGGUCAUUCAAGUCAAGGGAGGAUCAUCGAAAACAGAUUGAGCUUGAGGAAGCCCGUAAAGCUGGACUUGCACCUGCUGAGGUUGAUGAAGAUGGAAAGGAUAUCAAUCCUCAUAUUCCUCAGUAUAUGUCAUCUGCACCUUGGUAUCUUAAUGCUGAUCAGAGACCUAGUUUGAAACAUCAAAGGAAUUGGAAAUCUGAUUCCAAUUGCUCUAAAUCCUGGUACGAUAGAGGUGCUCAACUUUUCCAUGCCAGCAACUAUAGGAAAGGUGCAUGUGAGAAUUGUGGAGCUAUGACACAUGUUGCCAAGACAUGCAUGGAAAGAUCACGAAAACUAGGAGCAAAGUAUACAAACAAGAACAUUGCUGCAGAUGAAAAGAUUGAAACUAUUGAGCUUGACUAUGAUGGCAAACGGGAUAGAUGGAAUGGGUAUGAUCCGUCAACAUACGCUGGAGUCAUUAACAUGUAUGAAGCCAGAGAUAAUGCUCGAAACAAGUUCCUGAAGGAACAACAAGUAAAGAAAUUGGAGAAGGAUAGUGCUGCAAUUGAUGAAGACGAUUUAAGGAUAGAUGAUGAGACUAAGGUUGAUGAAAGCAAACAAAUGGACUUUGCAAAGGUUAAGAAGCGUGUACGAACAACAGAUGGUGGGUGUACAGGAACUGUGAGGAACCUACGUAUUCGAGAAGACACUGCAAAAUAUCUUCUCAAUUCUGCAAAUUAUUAUGACCCCAAGUCAAGGUCCAUGCGUGAAGAUCCUUUUCCAGAUACAGAUCCAAAUGAAACGUUUCGCUUGGGUGAUAACCGAUAUAUAAAUAGUGGUCAAGCUUUGGAAUUCAAGGAAUUGAACAUCUAUGCUUCCCAAGUAUUUGACAAGGGACAAGAUGUUCACUUGCAAGCAGCUCCUUCCCAAGCAGAAUUGCUUUAUAAGAAUUUCAAGGCCGCGAAGGAGAAAUUGAAAUCACAAACAAAAGAAACUAUUAUCGAGAAGUAUGGAAAUGUAGCUAACGAGGACAAACUCCCAAGAGAGCUUCUGUUGGGUCAGACUGAAAUGCAAGUUGAGUAUGAUCGUGCUGGUAAAAUUAUUAAGGGACAGGAAAUUGCAAUCCCUAAAGGCAAGUAUGAAGAAGAUGUUUACAUCAACAACCACACAACUGUUUGGGGCUCGUGGUGGAAGGAUCACCAAUGGGGUUUUAAGUGUUGCAAGCAGACGAUACGCAGGAGCUAUUGUACAGGUACUGCUGGCAUUGAGGCUGCUGAGGCUGCAAGUGAUCUUAUGAUGGCUAAUAUGGCACGUCAUUAGAUUGCUGCAGUUUCAUACGCCGGCACAUUAUUCAGGGACGUAUCUAGUAACAUAACAUAAGUAUAAGAGAAUCCUACGCUAGUUGGGAAAAAUAAUUUGUAACUCUGGUUCUACAUGUCUUAUUGAAAUUAAUGAAGAAGUUUUCUUUGUGUUC